AUGACAGGAAGCAACUCAAGACAGAAAGGGGAAGUAGUGCAAAAGCUGGGACAUGAAUUUGCUAUGAAGGAUCUUGGACCCUUGAGUUUCUUCUUGGGUAUUGAAGUAAGCUAUUUUCCUAGAGGAACUCACUUGAAUCAAAGCAAAUAUGCAAAUGAUCUUAUUAUAAAAGUGCAUAUUGCAAAUGUAAGAACAGUGCAUACUCCACUAGCUCAGAAGCAUGGUCUAGAAGAAGCAAUUGGCAAAGCAGUUGAUCCAUCAAUUUACAAAAGCACUGUGGGAAGCUUGCAGUACCUUACACUUACUAGUCCGGACAUUACUCAUGUUGUUAAUCUUGUAAGUCAAUUCAUGCAGAAUCCAAACAACAUGCAUCUUCAGGGAGUAAAAAAAAUAUUGAGGUUUGUCAAAGGAACCAUUGAUCAUGGAUUGAGAAUCAAAUCACAUUCUUCCUUCAAGUUGUAUGGGUUCUCAGAUGCAGACUGGGCAGGAUGUGCCAUAACAAGGAGGUCUACUACUAGAUAUAGUAUAUACCUUGGUGCAAAUUGUGUCUCCUGGUCAUCGAGGAAGCAAAACACUGUUACAAGGUCAAGUGCUGAAGUUGAGUAUAGAGCACUGGCAGCAACUGCAGCUGAAUUUACCUGGAUAGGCUACAUUCUACAAGACAUUGUGGUGUAUAUCAAGACUGCUCCUGUACUAUUAUGUGACAACUUAAGUGCUCUAUACAUGACUACAAAUCCUGUAAUGCAUGCUAGAACUAAGCAUGUAGAACUAGAUUAUCACUUUGUUAGAGAGAAAGUAGCUCAAGGACAAUUGAUCACUCAGUUUGUAAGGUCCAAGGAUCAAUUAGUAGAUGUUCAUACAAAAGCUCUUGGCACGGACCAGUUCUAG